AUGGUGGCAUGCCUUGAACAUACCAAUCAGAGUCCAGACGAGGCAACUGUAUUCUCCUUGCUUUAUGGCUAUCCCCUGGUUUCUUAUGCCACAUUCGCCCUCCGAACGUUGGGAAAGCUGAAUUCAACCAAUAGCUUUUUUCAUUUGCGAGAGCUGACGACACCUGAAACUACAGCUGUGGUGCGACCCAAUGUCGACACGCUGUACUCCGCGGCUAUCAUUGACCUGUCACAUCACGAUCUCAUUCUGGAUGUUCCAGUUGUUGAUGAGCGGUUCUGGGUAUUUCCUUUCUAUGACGUGUACGGCAACAACUAUGCAAACAUCGGUAACGUCUAUAAUAGCUCUGCCGGCAAGUACCGAUUGCGUUAUUCGCCGAACAGUAACGAAACAGUUGGGGUACAGCUUUGCGACGAGACGCAAUCUGAGGAGUACGAGGACUGUAGAGGUCUUAGAGGGUGGGUCAAUGCACCUACUCCUUAUGGUGGUAUUCUUGCCCGACUUGUCGUUAAGAACAACGGAACGGACAUCGACAAGAUACAUGCUAUCCAAGACCAGAUGCAGAUUUCUACGAUACAGAGGAAGCGUGCUCAGAAUAUCCCGCAGUUAACGGUUCCUAUGCUGAACUCAUCGCUUUCUUCGGACCCUGCCACCCGAAUUAUGCAGAUGACAGCACGCUUCGCACCGCACAACCCGCCGCGCAACAUUUCCGACCUUGCUAGAGUGAACCGCAACCUCAACGCAGCCGGUAUCCGGGGUGGCGUCUACAGGCCCCAAGUUCGAAACCUCACAGCGGCCGCCGUCACGGCAGCCUCUGCUGUUUCGAAAGCCUUUGCUCUUCCUGCCAAUCAUAUUGACCUGGAAAACAAUUGGCGAUCAGUCUCUGGUACCGCACAGGGUGACUACAAUACGAACUAUGAGAUGCGAGCGUUUGUGACUAAUUGGGCAUAUCUUAUCGUGGAUGCAACUGUGGCCUUGUAUCCAAUGUAUGGCCCGACGGCAAGUAGUUCGGUUUUCGAAUUGGGCGCCAACGAGGCAUACGUCUUCACCUUCAGCAGGAAGCCUCCGCUCGCUAAAAAUGGCUUCUGGAGUCUGACAUUAUAUAACGCGGACAAGUUUCUCAUUAAAAAUCCACUGGAUCGGUCCUCUCUUGGUGAUCGAUCGAACCUCACUUACGCAGAUGGCAUACCUGUGUAUGGGGACGAUGAUCGGGAUGAGUCUUUCCAAAUUCUCAUCCAGCCAGCCGACAUCGAACCACCUUCCAAUUGGACAUCUAAUUGGUUACCGGGACCAUCUGGUGGGGGGCAAAUUGACAUAAACCUUCGCUUUUAUGGGCCGGACGAAGAACUGCAGAACGGUUCCUGGGAAUACCCAGUAGUGACGAAGCAGCAGGCGGUCUCCAGUACUGGUGCUCAGAAAUAG